CCUCGAAGGUGUGAAGUAGAUUUUCACGAGGAAAAAAAACAGGCUACUAGUAAUCUUUAAAAAGUACUUGCUCGACAACAGACCGUAGCUCGAAACUUUGGCCACAGUAUUUCGUGGUCAUUUACAUUUGGCGGCGCUCUUAUCCUAAAAUCACGGUGAUAUGGGUGCUUCAAAACUGGUGAUAACUCUUGCCACCUUGAGCUGCAUGAUUUCUGUUGGUUUCUGUGUGCAGAUGUGUGACAUUAUAAAUGAAAUUACACAGGAACGAGAGCGCUGUGAGAGCAGACUGGCUGAAAAUGUCACAUCAGGGUGCCAGGGAACAUGGGAAAUGUUAGCCUGCUGGCCAACAGCCAGCUUGGGAGAAGUUGUCACCAUCCCCUGUCCAAUUUACUUCAGUCACUUCAACAAUGAACACAAAGGUAACCUCUCGAAGACCUGUACUGCAGAUGGCUGGUCGGAUAUGCAACCCAUGGCCAUUGCCGUGAACUGUGGCUACAACAUGAACAGCACAAAUGAUGAUGGCACAUUCUUCCGGUCGGUGAAGAUUGGCUACACCAUUGGUCACAGCGUGUCUUUGGUCUCCUUGACCACUGCUAUAAUAAUACUGUGUAUCUUCAGAAAGCUUCACUGUACCAGGAACUACAUCCACAUCCACCUCUUCCUGUCCUUCAUCUUCAAGGCCAUCUCCGUCUUCAUCAAGGACGUGGUCCUCUACACGCCGGACGACGACUAUGACUGCACCUCCAACGGCUCUGUGGGAUGUAAGGUGGUGAUGGUCUUCUUCCAGUACUGCAUUAUGGCCAGCUUCUUCUGGCUGUUGGUGGAGGGACUCUACCUCCACGCGCUGCUUGCCGUCUCCUUCUUCUCCGAGAGGAAGUACUUCUGGUGUUUCAUCCUGAUCGGCUGGGGUGGUCCAAUGAUUUUCAGCGCAGCCUGGGGCAUUGCCAAGGCCUACUUUGAUGACAUAGGAUGCUGGGACAUCAUCGAGAACACUGACCCUUACUGGUGGAUAAUCAAAACACCCAUAUUAACAUCAAUACUGAUGAACUUCAUCCUAUUCAUCGAUAUCAUCCGAAUACUGCGACAGAAGAUCAACUGCCCUGACAUCGGAAGGAACGAGUCCAACCAGUAUCUGAGGCUGGCCAAGUCCACGCUGCUCCUGAUUCCCCUCUUUGGAAUUAACUUCAUCAUAUUCGCCUUCAUACCCGACCACAUCAAGACAGAGCUGCGGCUGGUGUUUGACCUCAUUCUGGGGUCAUUUCAGGGUUUUGUGGUUGCCGUCCUCUACUGCUUCCUAAACGGAGAGGUGCAGGGGGAGAUCAAGAGGAAGUGGAGGCGAUGGCAUCUGGAGCGCUUCCUGGGCUCCGACACCAAGUACCAGCAGCCGUCCAUGGGCAGCAACGGCAACAACUUCAGCACCCAGAUCUCCAUGCUGACCCGCUGCAGCCCCAAAACGCGGCGCGCCUCCUCCUGCCAGGACAGCUCCGUCAUCUGACCUUCGACCUCUCACCCCGGUGACCUCUGUGCCCCAGGCAGCGUCUUCUGUAAACCUUCGGUCACUGAUGCCUCAUUCCAUGUGCUCUUGGGCCCUCCAAAGGCCAGGUCUCAGCUCAGGAAGAUCUCACAGAAGGAUCCAAAAAGGGAAUCGCGGACCCAAGGGUAGAUUGUUUUCCAUUCAAACAUUCAUCGUGCUGUUCGUGCCAUCGAUUGACUGGAGUUCCGUGCUGCAUUUUCAUGUUGCAAAGAUACUGAAGGCUGGUGUUUUUGGCCAGUUCGGUUUUCAUCAUCCAUCCAGGUGUCCGCUCUCUCCAUUGUCCAUCUGAUUAAUGUAUGUGUUGCUUUGAACUGUCUCUGUUGCCAUUGUCUGGCAGACAAGCCAAAUUACUCUCUCUCCACCCACCCCACCAUAAACUAUUAUGUGAAACAUACAGCAUCGUCCUGUUCAAAAGGAGCCAUUUCCUUUGGUGAAAAACCUUUUUCGACAAUUUUGACAUCAUUCUUUCCAUGCUGCCCUGACCACAAUAUCAAAGGAACAUUCCGUCACAUUCUAUUACUAUUGGAGAAACUGCUACAUGCCAGGUUGCCAGUGUAAAGAAAUGUCCGUUAAAUGUGCCAUAAUCAAACUGAAAAUGACAAAUUUUAUACCUCUGAAUGUACAAAUAGAGUUCACAUAUUGGACAACAUCCCAUUUAUUACAGAGGUACAUAGAGAGUGAUUUGUGGAAUAGUAUGACUUGUAUGUGUAUAUUUGUCCCUUUCUCUAGACAAUACAAUCGAUGAACACCUGUACCUUUUGAAAAUGGAAUGUAGAAAAAAGACAUCAAACUAAGGAGGAAAUGGAUGUUGUAUAAAAAAAUAAUGUGAAUGUUCAUCUUCGUAUCAAUCAGACUUCAUUUUCAUCUGCGCUUUUGUAACUUCAAUUGUAAAAAAAAAAAAGAAAGAACAAAAAACUACCAAAAUAGGAUCCAAGAGAUCCAUAUCUACCUGGAGAUAUACUGUAGAGAUAAAACGCCAGCUCCCCUACCCUCUGUCCCAAACACCUCGCUCAUGGUGAAUAUUUUUAGCUCAUUAUCCAAAGGCGCUGUGAGUGUUAAG